AUGGCAGUUGCAGCAGGGAUGCUAAUGGGACCACUGAGAAGAGAGAAGCAAGAGUGGGCCACUGGCUCCUAUCUCUCCCAUGAAAUGUGGGCAGCUUUCCCCUCUCUAGACCUGGGCCUCCCCAUUGGAAAGGAACACUUUGGUCUGUAUAGUCAGGCCACCUCAGGCUCUCGUACCCCAGUUUGGGAUCACUGCAUCUGCUUUCUCGGGAACAGAUCAGUAUUUCUAUGGCAAGGGAGGCUGGAGAAGAGUCUCUGCAGGACCAAGAAGAGGCCCCUUUGCUCACUUGCAUCUGGGAAAGAGGGUUGCAAUUUGCAUGAAAGAGGCAGGCAGCAGUACACAGAUGGCAGCUCUGUAAUUGCAUUUCUGUGCCUCAUAGCUCCUGGAGCACUGCAUCUGGGACUGCUGGGUUCCUUCAAACUCAGUUCCAGGGAGACCAGGACUGAGAAGAACCGGCUUGCUGAAGGUCCCUCCUGCACCUAUGUGGAAGGCCCGGGAGGUCAACUACUGCCCAGGGAUGCAGCCUGGGGAGAAUUUCUGAGCUGUAUGGCCCAGUGUGGACCUUGGCAUAUCCUGGAGACUGUUACAAUCUGCCUUCAAACCCUCUUACUUCACAGGGUCCCCAGAUAUUUGGUUAAACAUCAUCCUGGGUGUGUCUGUGAAGGUGUUUCUGGAGCAGAUUAACAGUUGGACUCGUAGACUGCUUAAAACAGAUUUCCCUCCUCUAUGUGGGUGGGUCUCAUCCAAUCUGUUGGAGGUAUGAAUAGAACAAAGGUGCAGAUAAGAGAAUUCUCUCUCUCUACUUGACUGAGGUGGCACAUGUGUCUUCUCUUACCUUCAGACUCAGACUUGGACCGUAUCUCACACCAUCUGCCCUCCUGGUUCUCAGGCCUCCUGCUUGCUGACUAAAUAUUUUGGGACAUUUCAGCCUCCAUAACCAUGUGAGCUGAUUCUUUAUAAUA